AUGUCAGACAACGAGGCUUCCAUCGAGAGCAGCCUUGCCGACGGGCAGAGCGAAGUGACCAGCGUGCAUGCCGCUGACGGGCUCGACGGUCUGUAUUCUACUCAAGAUGGCAGCGCUACGUACGAAGCCAAUCAGGACGAGGCAACCGAGAGCGGCGCAUUGCCUUCUGAGGCUCCAUCGGAAGUUCUUCCGCAGCCCAAUCCCAGUUCGUCAAAGUCACGAAGCUUCGAGGAUGCUAUGAAGGGGAAGCUUCUGGCGCGCCACGGAAUAUUCGGGGCACACGAGAUCUACGAGGACAUGCUUUUUAACAAGCCGCCGAAAAGCGAGCGACAUAGCUCAAAGAGAUUGCAAUACGUGGACAGCGGAGGGUCAUGCGACUUCAGCGACCUGGGUUCUAUGGACAGGCACUGCAUCAUACGCUUCCCCGAUGACAUCGCUGACAUCAUUCAGGAGCGCGUAGCCAAUAAUGAGGAUCUCGGCAUAUUAAUAGAGCCAACAGGCCGGUACGACUACCGAGAGUACGUAGUCCGGGUGCGUGGCAUUCCCUUGGAGCUUAUGGGUAUCCUCGUAGAGCUGCCUUGUCACGUCGAGGCGCACAAGACCCUCGACUGCGACAUGUUGUUCAAGGCGGCCGACAUCUCGCAGAUGAUGAUCGUGCAGGAGCGGAAAGAGGCGGAGGUAACUGCUGAGGCCAUGCGCCAAUGCAUGUGGGAGUGGCCUGACGGCAUUACACCGGCCACGAAGAACAUUCGCAAGCGAAGAUUCAAGGACCUUGACGUCUUCGACAACAAUGAUGUCAAGGAGGCCGAGCGGGAGGUAUUGAAUUUCCUCAAUGAAACAGUGCGUGACACCUACCACUACGAGGUGAAGAGCGCCCAAGAGGUCAGCGAAUUAGUCGAGAGCUAUCGCAAUGGAAACAUCAGGGAACGUAUUGUCGGGCCCGACGAAGACAUUGACGAAUACAUAAACGCCUUGGAGCAAUAUGGGCCUACACAGGACCACUCUGAAAUCUUUUUCUGCGGCGACCACAUCUGCUUUAUGGAAUAA